UUACUUUGCCGAUACCCAAACUUGCACGUCUAUGCAUAUGGCCCACUUCCAUGCUUGGAUCCUGUCAUAGCAGAUGCAUGUUCAGAAUUUGUUACAAGUUCUUGUUACGUUCCCAUGUCAUGGAUCGAGUCACAGGGCGAUGCACAGGAAAAUCUGUUUCGAUGGAUGCAGUAUUUCCCUUGUUAUAAUUCUUGUCUCGUGAAGAACCUAUGA